CUUGUUCCUGGUCAACUACCCAGCAUAGAGUCCUUUUCUGACCUAGGUGAUAUUUUCCUUGGUAUGCCAUAUGUUUACUCACAAUGUUGCAAGGAAGGCAGUGACAUACAGAAAGUUUUGCCAGUUCUUGUGACACAUGGGCUUUGUCAUCUUCUUGGAUAUGACCAUUUAACACAUCAACAAUGGAAACAAAUGUUCCAGAAAGAGAGUGAGAUCUUGAUGAAAUUUAAUGAGAUAAUGGAUAGUCGUUUACAACCACUAACAACUGCAUUUGACUCACAAGAGUGUUGAUGAGAAUACCUUCUAAUGUAUUCAAUUUGAAGGACGAGUUAACAAAAAUGUUUCUAAACUGAUGUACGUGCAUUCCAUGACCGUAAUUAAAACAUGUAAAACAUGUUAACAAUAGCAAGACAACCAUUCGUAUGCAGCCAUUUUAAAUUUGUUAUAGAAACAAAAAUUGCGGGUAUGCGGGUAGAGGUAGUUGCCACAGCGGGAAUGGUUUGGUAUGCCGUCUGUAUACACCCAUUAGUUGCGACUGUCUGGCUCUUAAUUCAACGUCGUACCAGGUCAUAGUCCGUCUCUUUUAGAUGCCCUCACCAGCUAAAUCGAAGGCCUAUACAUUAAAGAACCCUGAAUUAAUCAGCAUAUAUUUUUGUGAGCACAAUGGGGUGUGCAAGCCUGUUUAGUUAGAAUAACACCUAGGGUACCCAAUGAAGCCUGAGUCGAGUCUUGGGACUCAUCCUGUGAGGCCGGUUGGCGCAUGCCUAAGUGAUUUGGUCUCUAAACAUCGAUGUUGGCAGUUUGAAAGCUACGCUGUCCAUUGGCUUGUGUCCUUAAGCAAGACUUUUCUCCAUCCAGGAGUAUAAGUGGGUACCUGGUAGGCAUUGUGUCAAUUAUGCUGUAACUUAGUUGCCACCAUAUAAUGUAAUUAUAAUAUUAUUAUUAUGUAGCUGGUGUAAUAAUAUUAAUAUUGUUUGAAGGUUUGCAUGGCGAAGGAAUAACAUAUGUUGAUGCUUGCAUUUGAGAAAGUCUUGACGUUUCGGUUGAGUUGCUUCAAUCGUCUUCAGGAGAAUAAUAUUAAUAAUACUAAUAUUACUCUUCUGUCAUCAAUACUUCUCAUCUUCUUGUAUUGUUAAUACAAUAGUUGCUCUUCUUAUCACUUUGUUACUAAUUGAUGUAUAACACAAUUAGCACACAUUAUUUGUGUGUAAUUCUGUUUUAGUGCAGUUGACUUCGGCAGUCACUUUCUACAGUUCUAUUACACUACAAAAGUAAUGGAUUUUUUAUGUUAGGUUUGUAUGUUAAAUCCCAGGUUUUAAUUAAACCUUUCUUCAAUACUUAAGUGAUCGUCAAUAAAGAUAAUAGUCUUUCUUUCAGUUGCACCUGAUACAAUUGCGUCGUCUUGUAGGUUGUCUGCAUACACCAUUAGUUGAGCGUAUCUUCAAUGCUCAUAUGUUCAAUGUACUGUAAUAAUACCAGAGCAAAGUUUUAGAUGCACAUUUAACUAAUUGCAUCUCCUCCUGUAUGUCUUGUGGCCAACAGAAAUUUUCCAAAGUAAUUUUUUUAGAGUGCAUCAUUCUGUUUUACCGCAGUUGAAUGAGUAGUCACUUUCUCCAGUUACAUUAUACUGUACUUACAGUGCAAAAAAGGAAGUUCUAAUGUUAGGUUUGUACGUUAAAUUCCAAGUUUUAACUUCCUAUUACAUGCCGAUGCUCUUUCACGACUUCUUGUACGCCUUUUUGCAUGCACCAUUAAUUGAGCCUUUCUUCGAUGCUUAUAUGAUCAAUAUCCAUCUAGAUAAUACUGUAGUCUUCUUAAUUGCUCUUUUCCCCAGAUACACCUUAAUGGCAUCUUCUUGUAUACACCAUAUAUUUGAGCAUUUCUUCAAAGCUUAUAUGAUCCACAUUGUACCACAUCAUAGCCUUUCUAUUUUAGACGCACUUUAAACAAUUGUGUCUCCUUCUGGUAUGUCUUGUGGUCGCUAACAAAACAUUUUCCAAGAGUACUUGGCAAAAUGGUUACAUGAGCAAGUUAAAUUGUGCUUCCAUUUAGCAACCGUAUUAGGGUUAGCUUCAAAAUCACUUAAAAUAAGUGUGUGAUGUGUCCUAAAAAAAAUUGUUUGUUUGCGACAUAGAAUUUGAAUGAGUUGUCUUGUCCUUCUUUUGGCAAACUAUAAAUCUUCCUCAU